UUCUUUCCCAACAGCGUUUGCGGCUGCAGUUGCUGCCCUUCAUCUCAGAAACAAGAUGGCAUCUGCUACUGGCUUCAUUCAGUGGCUCCGGAACUCGGCCUCCGGGCAUAAUCUCCAAGCUAAGCUGCAGCUGCGUUAUCAGGAGAUAGCUAAAAGAACUCAGCCACCUCCUAAGUUGCCAGUGGGCCCUAGCCAUAAGCUUUCAAACAAUUACUAUUAUACUCGAGAUGGACGUCGGGAAUCCUCUCCUCCUUCAAUCAUAAUGUCUACUGUGAAAGUUUUGGAGUCUGGUCUUCCUGAGAAGAGCUCAAACUUGGCUAUGACAGCUUCUGAGAAAAAGCCAGCAAUACCAGGACCCUCCAUGAAAAAGUGGGAAUUGUCAAAGGAUGAACCAUAUUUGUGAGAUGGACAUGGAAAGAUGGACAUAAAGACGCUGAGAGAUUGUGUUUUUAGGUGACUGACUUGAAGGUAUCAUCAGCUCAGCUGCAAAGCUAUCAUGGAGAAUCAUUCAGAGAAGAUUAUAUUUUAUCUUGGGUUAGUGGUGGGGUGAAAAACAUGUCCUAAUACAUGAUAAAUAUACUGAGCUUCAGCAA